AUUAUGACAGAGAGAUUGUCAGUGUUUUGAGGAGUUUUUUUUAUAAAUAUUUACUUAUUCACUUACGUAAAAACAUUUCUACAUAACUCUAAGGAGCUAGCGAACGUUUAAUUUCAAGAUGCUUAAAUUUUUGUGUGUCUUCCUAACAAUUACAUAUUCACCGCUUUGCCGAGGAAGAGAUGACGAUGUUCAGUUCAUUGCGGAUAACAACCACGAUUUUGAUGUGUUAAUAUUCACCCAAGUAUGGCCGGUAACCGGUUGCAUAUCGUGGAUGGAGCAAGGCCAUCACCAUACAUGCACUCUUCCAUCGCCCAAGGAAAUCUGGACCAUUCACGGUGUUUGGCCGACAAGAUUUGGCACGAUUGGGCCAGGUUUUUGUAAUCGAAGCGCUACAUUUGAUGUGGACACAUUACGGCCAUUCGAAGAUCAGCUGAAACAGUUUUGGAUCAACAUCCAUAAAGGCACACCAUUGGAAGACCUAUGGAAACACGAAUGGUUGAAGCAUGGAACAUGUGCGGCCCAGCUCGAGGAAUUGAACAACGAAAAUAAAUAUUUCGGUCAGGGUUUGUCGUGGCUGCAGCAGUAUUCCAUGUCGUCGAUACUGCAAAAAGGUGGAAUUUUACCCGACAAAAGUCACACGCUGAUCAGUAUUCAUAAAGCCGUGGUCAGUGCGUUGAACAAGAAUCCAUCGAUUCACUGCAUCUAUGACCAACAUCGUGACGAAGUAUUCUUGGAUGAAAUUCGAAUUUGCUUCGAUAAAUCAUUGACAUUGGUGGACUGUGACGGUGUGGUCGAUGAAAGUGAAGUUCUUAUCGAUUAUCCCGGCGGCAAAGUGAUCACCAAUUGUGAUCUGAGCAAACCGAUUCUGUAUCCGAGCGUCGUACCACCGUCUCAUCGACCCGAACAGAGAAACACCGAAUGGAAAUUCCCGUUUGUCAAUCUCUAUAAGUUAAUCGAAAUGAUUAAAUGGGCUACGUUAUAAGGAGUCCGAAAGUGAAACAUUUUUCUUUAAAGAAACAACAAUAUUUCCGAUGCACCGCGACUGUUUCAUUGGUGCAGAUAUCAUCGAUCUUGUCUAACGUUUUGAUAAUCAAAUUUCCUUUUUUUAUCGGGA